AUGUCCUCCGAUCUCCAGUGGCUCCUCCUCCGCAAGUACAACUCCUUCACCGUUAAGCGGGUGGAGGAGGGCCCCAUCUUCUCCAAGGAGCCGGGUAACCUCACCAACAUCCACUCAUGGAAGUACUCCGGUCUCGCUAACGAGAAGACCAUCACGGUCAAGGAGACCGAGACUGGUGUCCAGCUUGCGUACCGCAAGAAGAGCGCGUCUCCUCUUGCCGUCCAUCCCGCUGUCUCCACCAUCUCCAUCCGCCCCCGGUCAGGUCCCCGCCGCGCGGCUGGUGUGACUGCGAAGCUCGCCAAGCGCGGCUACCGCCCGGACCUCCGCGCUGCUGCCAUUGCGCGCGUGUCUGCCCUUCUGGUUGCGAAGAAGGAAAAGAAGGCUGCGCCCCCGAAGAAGACGCGGGGCAAGAAGGCCAAGACUGCGUAG